UUCUCUGUCUUAAGAGAGUCUCUCCAACCUUCACCGAUUCUGUGUUCCAAGCUUUCAACUAGGUGUUGCAGAGACUCUCUCUCUCUCCUCUCUUUCUCUCACUACAAUUAAUUUUCUCUCUCUCGCUCUUAACUUUCCGGUUGAUUUUCUCGCUGUCCAAACGCCAGUCCUCGGGAAUAUCGACGAAAUGCAAUCAGGAUCGGAGAAGCUUUCUCCCUUCGAUCUGAUGAGCGCAAUCUUGAAGGGAGGGAGCAUGGACCUAUCGAACGUGUCGUCGGGCUCCGGCGAUUCGCCUCUGGCGGCGCUGGUGGAGAAUCGGGAGCUACUGAUGAUUCUCACAACGUCGGUGGCGGUGCUGAUCGGCUGCGUGGUGGUGCUGGUGUGGCGGCGAUCGGCCGGCCAGAAGUCUUCCAAGGUGGCCGAGCCUUUGAAACCUCUGACGGUGACGACGGAGCCGGAGCCGGAACCGGAGGUCGAUGACGGAAAGACGAAGGUCGUCAUCUUCUUUGGCACGCAGACUGGUACCGCAGAAGGAUUCGCCAAGGCACUUGCUGAGGAAGGUAAAGCGAGAUACGAAAAGGCCAACUUUAAAGUAAUUGAUAUGGAUGAUUAUGCCGCCACUGAUGAAGAAUAUGAGGAGAAAUUGAAGAAAGAAACUGUGGCAUUUUUCUUUUUAGCUACAUAUGGAGAUGGUGAGCCAACUGACAAUUCUGCAAGGUUCUAUAAAUGGUUUUCAGAGGGUAAAGGGAGAGAGAAAUGGCUUAAUCUUUCGUACGGAGUGUUUGGCCUUGGCAACAGGCAAUAUGAGCAUUUCAACAAGAUAGCAAAGAUCGUGGAUGAGGUCCUUGAUGAGCAGGGUGGAAAGCGUCUUGUUCCAGUGGGUCUUGGAGAUGAUGAUCAAUGCAUGGAAGAUGACUUUGCUGCAUGGCGGGAGUUACUUUGGCCCGAGUUAGAUCAGUUGCUUAAGGAUGAUGACAGUUCAACUGUUGCAACUCCUUACACUGCUGCUGUGUUGGAAUAUCGUGUGGUAUAUCAUGACCGCACAGAUGCAUCAAUAUUGGACAAGAGCAUGAGUAUGUCAAAUGGUCAUGCUGUUCAUGAUGCACAACAUCCAUGCAGGUCUAAUGUAGCUGUGAAAAAGGAGCUUCAUACUCCUGCCUCUGAUCGAUCUUGCACCCAUCUGGAAUUUGACAUUGCUGGAACUGGACUUGCAUAUGAAACUGGGGACCAUGUUGGCGUGUACUGUGAGAAUGUGAUUGAAAUUGUGGAGGAAGCUGAAAGGUUAAUGGAUUUAUCACCAGAUACAUAUUUCUCCAUUCACACCGAUAAAGAGGAUGGCACUCCACUUGGUGGAAGCUCAUUGCUGCCGCCUUUCCCUGCAUGUACCAUAAGAAUGGCACUGAUUCGGUAUGCGGAUCUCUUGAGCUUUCCGAAGAAGUCUGCAUUACUUGCCCUGGCAGCUCAUGCUUCUGAUCCAAGUGAAGCCGAGCGAUUGAGGCAUCUUGCAUCUCCUGCUGGAAAGGAUGAAUAUGCACAAUGGGUAGUUGCAAGUCAGCGAAGCCUUCUUGAGAUUAUGGCAGAAUUCUCAUCAGCCAAGCCUCCACUCGGUGUUUUCUUCGCAUCAGUUGCCCCACGCUUGCAGCCUAGAUAUUACUCAAUUUCAUCCUCCUCAAGGAUGGCACCAUCUAGAAUUCAUGUUACUUGUGCAUUAGUUCAUGAGAAAACACCAACCGGACGAAUUCACAAAGGAGUGUGUUCAACUUGGAUGAAGAAUGCUGUGCCAUUGGAGGAAAGCCGUGAUUGCAGUUGGGCACCCAUUUUUGUUAGGCAAUCUAACUUCAAACUUCCCACCGACACUAAAGUGCCUAUUAUCAUGAUUGGCCCUGGCACUGGAUUGGCUCCUUUUAGGGGUUUCCUGCAGGAAAGAUUAGCUUUAAAAGAAGCUGGAGCCGAGCUAGGACCUGCUGUACUAUUCUUUGGAUGCAGGAACCGGAAAAUGGAUUUUAUUUAUGAGGAGGAGCUGAACAACUUUGUUGAAACUGGUGCACUUUCGGAGAUGAUUGUUGCAUUCUCACGUGAGGGACCCGCUAAAAAAUACGUUCAACAUAAGAUGGCAGAGAAGGCUUCGGAUAUCUGGAACAUGAUCUCUCAGGGAGGGUACCUUUAUGUUUGCGGGGAUGCUAAAAGCAUGGCCAGGGAUGUCCAUCGAACUCUCCACACGAUCAUGCAAGAGCAGGGAUCUCUGGACAGUUCCAAGGCUGAGAGCAUGGUAAAGAAUCUGCAAAUGAAUGGGAGGUAUUUGCGUGAUGUGUGGUAAUUAUUCUUUCAACGCUGAUGUUUGAUAAUGAAGGGAAGAAAAGAGAAAUUGCGUAAAUUAUGCUUUCCGAGGCCAACGUACUGGGAUUAGAAUGGGAUUUAAAAAGGGUCGUGAAGGACAAAGUGGGGAAAUCCUACUUCCAUUUUCCAUUACAAUCCUUAAAAAGAUAAGUGUGCAUUGUUGUUGUCGCCAUAGUAGUCAUUUAUGUGAUUCAUUUUAGAUUUCUUUUGCUUCCAAGGAUUUUUUGGUUCAUGUAAUUCAUAAAUACGCCACCUGAUAAAUAAUAAUAGCACAGUAAUUUUUAUAUACAUUUUUAGCGCUCGACGUAAUUUUCCUGUAAUGAAUAUGAAGAGAUGGUUUUAUUAACGGAAAUGUUGAUUUUGGACUCCUAUUUGUAAACCUUACUCAAUUAAAAAUUGUUGAAGUUC